GACAUCCGCUAUCUAUUUUACAGAACCCUCGUGUUCUCUGCUCUUCGCCAGAGGAAGAUACUCAGACUUGCUGCUUCGUCCGACAUCCCGCUUGCAGCUGCGAUGGUGGUCAUCUGGCAGGUUAUAGAACUCUCAUUCUCCCUCGCUGCAGCUACAAUCACUGCGCUCAAGCGAUUCACGGAAUCUCUCAGCACCGGGUUCGGUCAUGGUGAGCAUAUGUGCGUACACGGGUCGUCUCAAGGAUACAAGUUGUCAGCCCGAAGUGCUACAUCGAGAAACACGUUGGAAUCACGGAAUAAGCUACCUCGCUCAAAUGCGCACGACAUCUCUAUCGACACAGUCUCGUCCCAGGAAGGAUCCAGUCUUGAACAACAUGUGACGCGAAUGAAGCUUAGGCCUGAAGCACUUCAGAACACAGCUGUAGUCUCCUCGUCUCCAAAAAAAAAAAAAAAAAAAAGCCAUUCCCAGCAGGAAUAG